AGUUUGUCAUUUUUUUUUUUUGCAGACUACGUAUAUAGUUUUUAUAUGUGUUUUAGUGUGCGUACUUUUGACAGAGAUAAACGAUAAUGUAAAACUUAAAUGAGAUUAAAAUUAUGAGAUUCGAAGGAAAGUCAUAUCUGAGUCGUCGUUGACAUGGUGAGCGGUCGAUUAGCUGUUGCUAUUCGUCAAUUGCUACUGAUUACAUUACUGUUCGGAUGUGUGGCAUUGAUGAUAUCAUCCCAGCAGAGUGCAGUAUACGAUCAAGCUGCAGAAGCAUUAAAACGUCUUCGGGACUUACAAAUUGCCAAUAGAAGUCUUCAUCAAACGGCAAAAGACUUGUUAUCCAACUCAAAUCAGACUAAAGAACUAUUGGAUAAAUAUUUGAAGCAGAUGAACAUUAUUGAGCAAUUCACCAAAAAAAGAAGUAUAAUUCUACGUGGUUUGAAAGAAGAAAAUGAUGAAAAUUUGGAGAAGGCUAUUCUGGCAUUGAUUCUAGAAAAAUUCAAGAUCGAUCUAACCUCAGAUGACCUUGAAUCUGUCGAAAGAAUACCAGGAAAAACUCCGAGAGCAAUAAAAAUAACAUUCGUCCGAUUCAAAGAUAAGACGAAGAUAUUUUACAAGCGGAAAAAUCUUCCGAAAUAUUUAUCUCUCGAUGAUGACAUUACGACGUCACAAAAAGAAAACAGAAAAAAGAUGGAUUCCUCUGCUGAAAAUGUUUUUAAAAUGGGGAAGAUUGUGAAACAGAGCGGAUGAAAAUUGUCAGUUAAUGGAAAGGAUAUCAAAUCCAAAACUCAGUGAUGUAAUAAAUUGCCCAUCUGUUCGAAAUGUUUUUGUGGAACCAAAAUUUAACCUAUAUUUCAAAAUAAUACUCUGUAUCUUUGCCAAUUAUUUUUUAAAAUAUUAUAUCACAUGGUAAACGAAUAUCAAAUUGAUACUAAUAGUAAUUACAACCGUUAAGUCAACAUAUAGAUUUUAUCAAAAGAUCAUAACAUCUAAUAAAGUUGAGCAAAAAUUUAAAUGUCUUUUCAUCUACAUUGAACAUUGAAAAAAAUUAUACGCGGUUCAUUGGUUAAUUAAAUACCCAAUAUCAGAGAUACUUUAUAUUUACCCAUAAAUUUAUCAUGCCUUUUGAUUUCUAAUGUCAUCAACUUCUACCCCAUCAGGUAGAAUAAUUAUUACUCCGGGUUUGAGUUUACCUCGUUUAUUAGUCGGUGUAACAUGAGGAGUUAAUGAUUUUACUUGGUUUCGAUUCUUUUGUAAAUUGUUACUCUUUGCUAUGGAUUCCUUUAAUUCAGGUAAUUUUACCAACAUAGGAUUCAGGUUGCAAUAAUUCUUAUUCCAACAACAUUUCUGACAAAGACGGGGUUCACAUCCAGGUUGAGUGCAUGCUGGUCUCCUGUCAAAAUAUUAUUGUAGUUUUCAAGUUGAGGUUACUUUGAGUUACAUCGAUCUUUCUGCAGCAACAUAUGUGUCACAUUCUGAGUGGACUAAUGAAUAUAAAUAUUUUAUUUUGUAUACAACGGUGUCCAAAUAAUCAUUUGGUAUUCUGAA